AUGGUAAAAGAUACAAAGAUUUAUAUUUCUUAUAAUCAAGUUCAUCAAUUAAUAAAGGAUGCAGUGGAACGUUUUCAUAUAAGCGAUGUAUUUAAACCAGAUCUUAUGAUUGCAAUUGGCGGUGGAGGAUUCAUACCUGCUCGAAUUCUGCGAACCUUCUUAAAACAACAAAACAACAAAAAUAUGCCAAUUCAAGCAAUCGGUUUAUCUCUAUAUGAAGAUAUUGAUAUUGACCCAAGCCUUAUAAAUAAUCUAUCGUCAUCUUCUACUUCUCCGGAUGCGUUAUCAACAAUUGGCACUCAAGUGAUAAAAACUCAAUGGCUUCAUUUUGGCGACUCAUCGCCAUCAUUAGCGUCAACAACAUCGUCAAAAUUAACAAAUAAACGUAAUUUACUUGGAAAAAAUAUUCUUAUAGUUGAUGAAGUUGAUGACACUAGGACAACUUUAGCAUAUGCGAUACAAGAAUUGUUAAAAGAUAUUGAAGAGGAAAAACUUGGAUAUAUUCAAACAAUUAAUAAUAAAGAUAACGAUUCAAAAAUACCUGAAACAAAACUUGCAGUUUUUGUUCUUCAUAACAAAAUAAAAGAAAAAAAGAUAGAAUUGCCAGAUCCUACAAUUUUAAGUGAGAAUCGUUAUUUCGCUGCAAAAGAAACACCUGAUCGUUGGUUGGUUUAUCCUUGGGAAGUUGUUGAUAUUGAAGAACAUACAAGGAAAAGUUUGGAACAGGAAGAUGAAGAUUAUUAA